UCUUCGGGCACUUCAGGUACGGGUCGAUCGCGUGGUCGGGCCAGAGGUCGGGCACAGCCGGCGACCACUCCUCAGGAGGUGGCGGAGACCGAGCAGACAAUGCAAGCCAUGCGUAUAUCACCCACGCCUGGGGGCAAUGGCAACGGAUCCAACGGGUCCACCAGUAAUGGCAACGGGAACGGUAAUGGGAACGGCAAUGGCAACGGAGACUCCGCCGCCGUCAGAGGAAGGGGUGGCUUCCGGGCCCGCAAUGACGACUUGGACACCCGUCCCAAGGAUAUCGAUCGCUUAUACGGAAACAUUGGCGAAGAAGUGAGUCUUCUCUGCAAUUAUUUCCGGCUGAAGACGCCAACAGCGGUGUUGGUGAACAGCUUUCACGUGAAGUUCACGCCCGACAUCGAGUCCACGCAAUUGCGCCGGAAGAUGAUCUUCGGGGUCACGAACCCCUUCGGCGAGAGUCCCUUCGUCUUCGACGGCGUCUCCAAUCUGAAGACAUUGUGUCCCAAUCGCGAGGAACGCAACUAUACGGUGAAUAACCCCGCGGUUCCGGAUCAGAUGAUUAACAUCAACAUCCGGUUCACGGAGGAGAUCCCGUGGGGCGCGCCGGAGAUGAUGCGGAUGUUCAACACGCAGAUGAGGUCCUUCUUGCGGUACAUCGACUACGUAUUGAUGGGUCGGAACUACUUCGACGUGAAGUCCGCGCAAACCCUCGACGAGUUUAAGAUAAAGUUGUUGCCGGGAGUGGUGACCGCCAUCGCCAACCACGACGGCGGCCUCCUAAUGGUCGUGGACUCGUCGACGAAGUUCGUGAGGGCCGAGACCGUGAUGGAGGUGAUGAUGGGAUGCCGGCGCGCGAACCCCAUCACAUGGCUCGAGGACGCGAAGCGCCAGAUAUGCGGAUCCAUUGUGUUGACCACAUAUAACAACAGGACCUACAAAGUGGACGACGUGGUCACUGGGGCCACGAAUACCCCGCAGUCGCGCAGAUUCCUCAAGAAUGGCGUUGAGAUGAAUCUCGUGGACUACUAUAAGCAACAGUACAACAUCACAAUAAGUCAGGCCAAUGGGCCGCUCAUUGAGUGUCUGCCGUCGCAGAGGGACCGGAGGGCCGGCAGGGAUCAGAAGAUUUUGUUGGUCCCGGAGUUGUGUCAGUUGACGGGUCUGACGGACUCCAUGCGCCAGAACUUCCAGCUUAUGCGCCGCAUUGGGGACGUGUCGCGGCUGAAGCCGGCGGACAGGGCUCGCAAUCUGAAGCAAUUCAUCCAAAAGGUGACGUCCAAUGAGAAGGUGAUUGAGGAGCAGCAGCGCUGGCAACUGGAGUUCGACAAGAAUCUGGUGCGCGUGAAGGGCCGGGUGUUGCCGUGCGAGCGCAUCAUUAUGCAGGGCGACACUCCCGACACCGGCGCUCAAUUCGAGCAAAAGUCUGGUGACUUCGGGCGCCAGAUCCGCUCCAAGAGGCUCUUCAAAGGCCUGUCGGUCAAUAAGUGGCACGUCAUCUACACCAAGAGGGAUGAGGGCCUACUCCAAGAGUUUCUGAACGGCUUGAAGAAGGUGUCGACGCCCUUAGGGGUGAAUCUAUUGCGUCCGUCGCAGGAGUGUCUGCCCGACGACCGGAUCGGUACAUUCGUGAGGGCGUGCCAGCAGACGGUGGCGCCCAUGGAACUGGUGGUCUGCAUAGUGCCGAACAAUAAUAAGGAGAGGUAUGACGCCAUCAAGAAGAUCCACUACUGCGAGAACCCGAUGUCCUCUCAGGUGGUGGUCGGCAAGACGUUGACCAAAAAGCAGGGUUUGCUGUCCGUGUGCACCAAAGUGGUCAUCCAAAUGGCCACUAAGUUGGGCGCCGAGCCCUGGGUUCUCAAGAUUCCGCCGAAGAGCAUAAUGAUUGUCGGAUACGACACAUACCACGACUCGUCCCAAAAGGGCCGCUCCGUCGGUGCCUUCGUGUGCAGUAUGAAUGAGCACAUGAGCUCGUGGUACUCGAGGGUCGCCUACCAUGACACCAGCGAGGAGAUGUCGGCCAACUUUGCCAUCAAUAUUCAGGAGGGUAUUAAGCGCUACUUUGAGGUGAACCGUCAAUUCCCGAAGCGAGUGCUGAUCUACAGGGACGGCGUGGGCGACGGUAUGAUUCAACACGUGUUUGAGUACGAGCUGAAGGCCGUGCAGUCGGGCCUUAAGAAGAUGUACCCGGAGGGCGAGAUACCACAACUCGCGUUCGUUAUCGUCACCAAACGAGUGAACGCCCGCUUCUUCACCCAAGAGGGCAACACUCCGCCCGACAAUCCCAUUCCCGGCACUAUAGUGGACACUACGGUGACGCGCGCCUGUCGUUACGACUUCUAUCUG